GGAAGCAAGCUGUCAUUCACUUCCGUUUUUGUCUCGCCAGGAUACGUUCUACGACACUGUGAAGACCGGCUACACCAUUGGGCACAGCUUGUCUCUCAUUGCUCUGACAGCCGCCAUGAUUGUCCUGUGCAUUUUCAGGAAGCUGCACUGCACCAGGAAUCACAUCCACAUGCACCUCUUCAUGUCCUUCAUCAUGAGAGCCAUCGCCGUCUUCGUCAAGGACAUCAUGCUCUUUGAGAGUGGCGAGUCCGACCACUGUUCCUCCAGCUCAGUGGGCUGCAAGGCGGCCAUGGUCUUCUUCCAGUACUGCAUCAUGGCCAACUUCUUUUGGCUCCUGGUUGAAGGCUUGUACCUUCACACGCUUCUGGUCAUCUCCUUCUUUUCGGAGAAGAAGUACUUCUGGUGGUACAUCCUGAUUGGCUGGGGUGCACCAAUGGUGUUUAUCUCUGCCUGGACCCUCGCUAGGAUCUACUAUGAUGAUGUCGGUUGCUGGGAUUUAAUCGAAUCUCACUACUGGUGGAUCAUCAAGACUCCCAUUUUGGUUUCUAUAUUGAUAAAUUUCUUCCUCUUCAUUUGUAUAAUCCGGAUCCUGGUACAGAAACUUCACUCUCCGGACGUUGGGCGAAAUGAAACAAGCCAGUAUUGGAGACUCGCAAAAUCCACCCUGCUGCUGAUCCCUCUCUUUGGAAUCCACUACGCCAUGUUUGCCUUCUUCCCUGACAUGGCAAAGAAAGAGGUGAGGGAAGUGAAGCUCGUCUUUGAAUUGGUGUUGGGAUCAUUUCAGGGCUUUGUAGUGGCCAUCUUGUAUUGCUUCCUCAAUGGAGAGGUUCAAGGUGAGCUGAAGCGCAAGUGGCGCAGGUGGCACAUGGAGAGGUUCCUGGGCUCCGACAUGAAGUAUCACCACCCAUCCUUGGGCAGCAACGGCACCAACUUUAGCACCCAAAUCUCCAUGUUGACCAAGUGCAGCCCCAAAACCCGCCGAUGCUCCAGCUUCCAGGCCGACUUGUCUCUGGUUUGAGACCCAGAAGCAGACGACCCAAGGACAAACAGCUGGCAGGGAACUCAUGGAAGAUAGGACCAACCAUGGCUUUGGAUUAAAGAUGAAAAGUGU